AUGGACGACGACUGGAUGAAAGCGUUUGAGAUCGACUUGGGCUUGGACUGUGAAAGUCCCCCAGUGAAUGAGGACCCGACGCCCGCACCGCCGCGGGAACCCACGCCCACGCCUCCCGAAGGCCCACACCAAGAGGCAAGCGCAUCUCCUGGGCCUCACUCUACCACUGUCAAGCCCAACGCCGAGCCCUCGCCAGCCUCCGAGAAUCAUGGAGCCCAGCAACCCACGCUUCCCGACCCCACGUCUCUUCCCGACGCACGUCCCGACGCUGCUAAGACUCCCGAGCCCACGCAGCCGUAG